GUAGAGCGACUGGUCUGGGAGUCAAAACAAAAAAAAAUCUUCUGGAAAGUCCUUCUGAUUUUGAACGGCUUGCUAACUUAGCUGAACCCGUAGCGACCAACAGUUCGAGCAACAUUUUUCUUCCCCUUAACCUUAAAAUCUGAAAUAUCGCAUACAUGUUCACUAUGGAGGUCUCGCUGGAGUGUCGGUGUCUUUUUUGGAACUUAUUAUGGACUGUUUUCGUGUCUUAGUUGUUAGAAGAAAACCGCAGCAUAGUGAGAAAAGUUAGCUUAGCAUCGCUCGAUCCAACACAAACACAGAAGCCCAGCAGCCUUCACUCGAGCUUUGUUGGACGGCAGGAUUUUAACUUUAUUCCCUGGUUAAAAUAAAAAAAAAAGGCCUCAUCUGAACGUUUAAAGCUUCACAUCUUCCACUCAAAGUAGCGCCUUCACAUUUCUGUGCAAAGUGGACUGCAAAUAGUUCUGCAGCCUAGAAAAAAAAAACAUCAAAAUGUCGAUCCUUGGAUUGAAGAAGAAACAGCCAAAGACUUUCAAAGUUAAGGUCAUCACUAUGGAUGCUGAGAUGGAGUUUAGCUGUGAGGUCAAAUGGAAAGGCAAGGACCUGUUUGACCUGGUGUGUCGUACAGUCGGUCUGAGGGAGACCUGGUUCUUUGGACUCAGGUACACGGUGAAGGACACCUACGCCUGGCUCAAGCUGGAGAAACGGGUUCUGGACCAGGAGGUUCCCAAGGACUCUCCCAUAACGUUUCACUUCCUGGCGAAGUUCUUCCCUGAAAAAGUUGAAGAAGAACUGGUCCAAGAAAUUACUCAACACCUGUUUUUCUUGCAGGUGAAAAAGCAGAUAUUAGAUGAAGAGAUAUUCUGUUCCCCUGAAGCCUCAGUCCUUUUGGCAUCAUAUGCUGUCCAGGCAAAGUACGGAGACUACGACCCAAACUUUCACAAACCAGGCUUUCUUGCGCAGGAUGAGCUGUUGCCAAAACGGGUCCUGAUGCAGUACCAGAUGACAGCGGACAUGUGGGAGGAGAAGAUCACGGCUUGGUACGCCGAACACCGAGGCAUCGCCAGGGACGAGGCUGAGAUGGAAUACCUUAAGAUUGCUCAGGACCUUGAGAUGUACGGCGUUAGCUACUUUGCCAUUACUCAAAACAAGAGGGACACAGACCUUUUGCUGGGGGUCGAUGCUCAGGGUCUCCAUAUCUACAACCCCAACAACAAACUCAACUCGAACAAGUCUUUCCCCUGGAGCGGGAUCCGGAACAUCUCCUACAGUGAAAAGGAGUUCACAAUUAAACCCCUGGACAAGAAGAAAGAUGUGUUCAAGUUCUACUCGUCUCAGCUGCGCGUCAACAAGCUGAUCCUGCAGCUGUGCAUUGGGAACCAUGAUCUGUUCAUGAGGAGGAGGAAGGUGGACUCUAUCGAAGUGCAGCAGAUGAAGGCUCAAGCUAAAGAGGAGAAGGCCCGCAAGAAGAUGGAGCGUCAGAUCCUGGCACGGGAAAAGCAGAUGAGGGAGGAAGCGGAACGGGCGAAAGAGGAGAUGGAGCGAAGACUCUUCCAGCUGCAGGAUGAGGCGCGACUUGCCAACGAGGCACUGCUGCGAUCCGAGGAGACGGCGGACCUGCUGGCGGAGAAGGCCCAGAUCGCUGAGGAGGAGGCCAAGCUCUUGGCUCACAAAGCUGCAGAAGCCGAGCAGGAACGGCAGAGGUUAGAGGUCACAGCCAUGAAGACCAAGGAGGAGAAACGGCUGAUGGAGCAGAAGAUGAGGGAGGCGGAGCAGCUGGCUGUAAAGCUGGUGGAGCAGUCUGAGAGGAGGCUGAAAGAAGCAGAUCACCUAAAGCAGGACCUGACAGAAGCGAAGGACGCCGAGCGGCGAGCCAAGCAGAAGCUCCUGGAGAUCACCAAAACAACAUACCCCCUCAUAGCAGCCUACUCCACGCCCCCCGCGCCUCCUGAACCAGCCGACUUAAGCUAUGACUCAAUGCCGUCGCGCCUCGACUUCAAGGACUCGGACAUGAAGAGGCUGUCAAUGGAGAUCGAGAGAGAGCGGCUGGAGUACAUGGAGAAGAGCAAACACCUGCAGGACCAGCUGAAGGAGCUGAAGUCGGAGAUCGAGUCUCUGAAGCUGGAGGAGCAGCAGCAGCAGCAGGCCAGCAUGUACAGCCUCCCCAGUGAGGCCAGAGGAUACGUCCCAGAGCAUGCAUACAUACCUCACAGCAACAGAAACUCGGCAUACAUGUCUCAGAUGGCCUACUUUGAAGAAGUGUGAUCGCGGUCUUUCCAGAUGAGAGCGCAAGGAAGAGGCCAUCUGCUGCGGCUGUGAAUUUGCCUCUUCCUCUGUGUUAGACUUUACCUGACUGAGGGCAGCGACAGACAGAGACCGACCAACAACUCUCCUUGCCUCGGAAAGACUUUGAAUCUGUCCUCAGCCGACAGACACUCCCUACUGUGCUGCAGCAACUUCGCCAUUUCGGUUACAUGCAACCAACAAAAACAGCGUGACGCGUUGGUCGUCGAUCCAGGACACGGUGCUCAAGAUUAACGGAUGGACGGACUUUAUUUUUGUGUGCUUUGCCACAGCUUUAGAUGCUCAAAUGUAGGCGGCUAAGCCCUAACGGCAUGGCUGUCUUCCGGAGAUGGAGUCGAUUGAUUAUGUUGUACUAAAACAGUUCUUAUCUGUCAGAAAAUUGGAAAGGUGGAUGAUUUUUUAACAGAUCAGAACCUGUGCUGUGAGGAUCGGGGAGUCGGGUCUCAGAGGACGGGGCUUGCUUCUCACAGAUGCAUGAGAAGCAGCUUCUAUAAGGGAUGUAUGUGUACUUUCUCUAGGAUUCUCUGUAAUCCACACAGGUUCAAAAUUCAUCUUCUACACUUAAGUAAAUACACACACCGCCACUAAUGUUAGGAUGAAUGUCCCAUGUUGCAGAGAAAACACAGAUUUGUAGGCAUCAACAAGCCUCUAGCAUCAUACUGGCUGGUUGUUAAACUUCUCUUCUUGGCAGAGAUGGUAAAGUUCAUUUAAUUUGGUUAAUUUUGUGUCACAGUCCUAGCUUUUACGCACAGCUUGUUACAACAAGGGUCAUGGUCGUGUUGGAAGCAUAAAGUUAGCCACUCUGUCCAAUCCAAAACCAGUUUUAUUGUGUCUUUCGGGAUAUUGUCCCUGUUGGAACAUCCAACUUUGUCCAAGUUUCAACAAUAUACUUGUUGGUUUGAGCUGAAGUUGGGGAAAAUUAACAGAGGUAGUGCUUCUUUGUUUUGCUUUAGGCAAUGGAAGAGAGAAUAGAAGCAGGAAGAUUUUGAAGCCUGCAUCCGCUGAACAAACUUUUCGUGAUUGUGGCCAAACUGCCUUAUCUUUGUGUGGUCUGGCCAUUGAAACAAUCCUCGUGAAGGCCUUUGGGUUUUCCGUCUAUGUUGUAGCCGCUUCCUGUUUAUGUAGUUGAACGUUGAUGCUUUUUUUUUGUUCCAAAUCAACUCCUUUUCAUCUAGGAAUAGCAAAUUGGGGAAAAUGAUUGAAGCAUGGACACAGCUGGUUAUCCACCAAGAUAAAUACACCAAACACACAUCAUAAGUGGUCUUGGGGUGGAUAAAGGAGCUUAACAUUAAACCUCCAAUCUCAGUUCUACUAAAAAUGCGUGGACUACACUUUACAGCUCAAUUUAUUUCAACUGUAUCCACCAACAAAAGUGGUCAAAUAUCGAUUCAGAAUGAUGCCAGGAGCUUGUUGAGGGCUAUAAAGCUGGUGACUGAGCAUUUUGCAUCCAAAUAUCAGCGGAGAUGUCUGUUUUUUUUAACGCAUCGGUUUCAUUUUGACUCUGGAUUGCAGACAGAAAAUCAUUCAUACAGAAUUAUUGACAUUCUACGUUGUAUAAUGAAAGCCUCAUGAAAAGAACAUUUUGAUAAUUAAAAGCCUUAAUUUUAAGGUGUGAAAAAGAUUUAAUUGUCUUCAAGAGAAACUGUGUUUUUUUUCAGUUCGUCGUUUUUUAGCCGUAAUUUUAAGGCUUAUAUUCGCAACAAUGCCCGUGCCUUUUAUUAUACUUUACACUAAAUGAUUUAAGUCCAAUUACAAAUUUGCUUAAUUUCAUUUUAUUUUUUCAGAUGAGCAAACACAGCUUUUGCAUUGCAAGCAGGUCUAGUCUUAAUAAUAAUUGAACAAUAGCGUCACGGCAUGAAACACUCCAGUAGCACACGUGGUGAAUGCUAAUAAAUAUCCACACUGCAGCCGUUUGAAGGGACAUUAUGAGGGCGCGACAAUGUGUAAUAGUGUUAAACUCAAGUGUUGGGCCUUCAUUGUUUUAAUUUAUAUUGCUGUUUUAACUUUUGAACUGCCUUUACUGCAGCCACACAGGUGCCUUUUGUGUUUAUAGUGCCGAGUUAGACCGUUUCAGGUUCAUGGUUGUAUGUUUUGUACUGCUGACACGCCUUGAAAUUCGCCUUUUGCUACAAGUUCUGACACUAUUGUGUUAGUGAGUGUGAAUACACUUAUAGAAUAAUCUGUGAGUGACAUUCACCUGGGGUUUAAUAUGUUAACUAAUUUACAGAUUGGGAGACUGACACCUUUUUUUUCCUCCUCAUUUUAUACAUUUCUUAAGAUUAACGGAGACAAUCACUGCUGGUAGUUUCCCUCUCUGGGUUAUACAGUGUAGUUUAGAGUUAAAUACAGGAUUCAGAUGCUGAAUUGCAGGCAGUAGGCUAGAAACCGUUAAGCUGUGAAAAGUCAGAAAGUAUUUACACGUUUGAAGACUUUUGCCAGCUGUGGACACAGAUUUUUUUGUCUAUAUUUUAGGUUCAUCGACCACAUUCUGCAGGAGGGAGAGCUCCCAACCUGGUGCAUUUUUCUCUGAUAGGACCAGCCUGUCUGACUUUAUUUAUGUAGGGAACAGUGACAAAUGACGGCUUGUUGUGUAGGUGUGUUAUAGAGCAAUGCUGACCCGGGUGCCGCGUAAAUUGACUCGCUUCAAAUGCGCUCCUGCUGCCAGGUUUAUCAGAUUUAUCUGGGCUGCAAAUGCACCGUUGCAUUUCUUAAAGGUUUACAGUUUGAGGAUGAAUGUGUAUUUUACCCAUGCUUUAUUUUUCUGUAUGUAAAAGCAAAGGUUUGGAGUGGUACAAAUGUUAGGUCAGUACUUUCUAACCUCAAGCCAUUGCGUCUUUGACAUUUCAUUGCGGCGGUAAUGACGCUCGGUUGCAUCCGUUUUGCUGUGCUCGAUGUUUUUUGUGCGCUCAUUAGCCGCUGUCGUUGAUAAUAAGAGGAUCGUUCUCACCACCUCGUUUGUCUGUGAGCUGCUUGAGCGCCUCCCAUCAAAGAGCAACACUGUCGUCGCACCACGACGUUGUUAAGCGUCUCUUGUAAUCUGCCUUUGAAUAUCGUUAAAUAAAACACAUGUUGCCUGGC